AUGAGAAUGAAGGACAUUGAAUGCAGCGCGUGGCUUUUGAGGAAAGUGCUGAGCUUUUCCUUGAUCGCCUUGACGUUCACGUUGUCGAGAGUUGCCGGCGAAAAUGUUACUAGUCCGUCUCCUGGCACUACACGAUCUGGAGAGAACUUCGUCGACCUCGCCAACGGCGUUUUGUGCGGAAUGGACACACGACAGAAGAAGAUCGUCGGUGGGAAGAACUCUGUUUUGGGAGAGUAUCCCUUUAUGGUCAGUCUCAAGAUGAAGCAUUCGUUGAAGCACUUUUGCGGCGGGGCCAUCAUCUCGGAAAACUACAUCCUCACUGCUGCGCAUUGUGUUACCAAUUAUCUGGCUCCGAGACUGACGGUGGCUGUGAGUGAGCUGGACCUGUCGGGUCAAAGUCACGAUCAGUCGUACGAGAUCAACCCGAACCGGGUCAUCAGACACAAAUACUACGACAGCAGGACGUACGAGAACGACAUCGCCUUGAUUCGUUUGCGGAAACCGUUGACUUGGUCGAAAAGUGUUCAACCGAUUUGUUUGUCCAACAACUCGGAACAUUACGUGCCUGGCAGACGUGCAGUUGUUACCGGCUGGGGAAGGACCAGUGAAACGUCAAGAUAUACUCCAUCCAUUUUGCAAAACGUUGAGGUCCCUGUGGUGACCAACGAUUUGUGCAGAGUGCAGUUGGCAGAAUAUUUACCCAUUUUCUCGACGCAGCUAUGUGCGGGAUAUCCUGGCGGAGAACUAGAUGCUUGUCAGGGUGACAGUGGCGGACCCUUGGUGAUCAAGGAAGGUGGUCGUGUGUACCUAGUGGGCAUCGUGUCAGUUGGAGUCGGAUGUGCCCGACCUCUUUUACCCGGGGUUUACACGAAAAUUUCGUCAUAUAUCGACUGGAUCACGAGAAAUAUGUCGUGAAAUUUAGCACUCGUGGAAUUGAUUCCUCGAUGUAUUUUGGCAGAGCUGUGUGUGUGUAUGUGCCAUGUCGACGAGUCGGCGAUCAUUCCCACUGAGAGAAAAGACUUGUCUGAGGUUGUUUCUUUUGUUUUCGUUUUUUUUUAAUGAACGAUUUUGUUUUGAUGAAAACGACGCAUUCAGGGCAUCACGGUACCUACGAAGAAAUAUUUCCUGUUGAAGAAGAAGAAUAAAUGGCCGCUGUUGUUAAAAAUGGGCGUGAAAUCUAGUUGCUGUAAAAUUUACGGCUUCUCAGUUUGUCUUG